GGAGACCCUGCAGGUGACCCCUAAGGUCUCGUUGAAAGAUUCGUUGAAAGAUUUGCAGUGACGCUUCCUUGAGGAAGGUCUUGGGGCCUUGCGUCUUGCCCACACACCGGAGACAGGACAGAGAUUUCUUCAGAUGACUUUCUGCUUGACUGAACUACACCUAUGGUCCUUAAAGAAUACCUUACACAUUAGUGAUAGAGACAUCGGGGUCUAUCAAUAUUAUGACAAGAAAGAGCCAACAGCAACAGAGCACGAUAACUUAGAAGAAAAGCAGAAGCUGGCAGAAUCACGAGAUUAUCCAUGGAUACUCAAAAACAGACGCCCAGAAAAACUUCGAGACUCACUCAAGGAAUUGGAGGAGCUGAUGCAAAACAGUCAGUGUGUGCUGAGCAAAUGGAAGAACAAAUAUGUCUGUCAGCUCCUCUUCGGUUCAGGUGUGCUCGUGUCCCUAAGCCUUUCUGGGCCUCAGCUGGAAAAAGUGGUGAUCGACAGAAGCUUGGUGGGGAAGCUCAUCUCAGACACCAUCAGCGAUGCUCUUCUCACAGAUAGCUUUAUGAUCUUAUCAUUUUUGGCACAAAACAAACUAUGUUUUAUCCAGUUUGCUAAGAAGAUGGGUUCUUCUGAGAUAAAUAGAGGAAUGGAAAAACUCUCAUCCCUGGACUAUAAGAUUUCCUAUUGUGAAAUACCUGGCCCAGUAAACAGAACAACAGAACGUCAUCUUGCAGUGAACUCUGCUAAGGAUAUGGUGGCUUGCUGGUGGCCACUCAUCAGUGAUGAUGCUUGGCCUUGGGCCCCCAUUUCUUCUGAGAAAGACAGAAUGAAUCUGCUGCUCCUGGGUUAUGCUCAAGGAAGAUUGGAGAUUCUGAGUUCUGUUCGCACAGAAUGGGAUCCAAUGGAUGUUUGCUUUGGCACCAAAGACCCUUACCAAAUCUUUACAGUGGAACACUCCAUCAGUGUAGACAAAGAGUUCAUGGCUGACAGCUGCAUCUAUGAAUGUGUUCGGAACAAAAUCCGGUGUAUAUCAAUCACCAGAAUACCUCUAAGGUCAAAGGCGAUUAGCUUCUGCAGGAAUGUUACAGAAGACAAACUGAUUCUGGGCUGUGAAGAUUCUUCUGUAAUUCUUUAUGAUAGUCAUCGUAGAGUGACACUCAUAGCCCAGGCUGAACUUUUACCAUCACUAAUAAGCUGCCACCCAAGUGGUGCCAUUCUGCUAGUUGGCAGUCAUCAAGGAGAGUUGCAAAUUUUUGAUAUGGCUCUAUCCCCUAUUAACAUCCAGCUCUUGGCUGAAGACUGCUCACCCAGGGAGACUCUGCAAUUCAGUAAAUUCUUUGAUGUUUCCAGCAAGCUUGCUGAAAUGCAGUGGAUAGCUCCUCACUUGGCUUCCCAGAAGCCUGAAAGUGGGGAAAUCUGUGAUCUUCUCUUCCUCAGGUUUGCCAGAGGACCUUUGGGUGUACUUCUGUUUAAAUUUGGUAUCUUUACACAAGGACAGCUGGGCCUGGUAGAUAUCAUCUUCCAGUAUAUUUGCUGUGAUGAGAUCUAUGAAGCAAUAAACAUGCUAAGCAGUAUGAGCUGGGACAGUAUGGGACACCAGUGUUUUAUCAGCAUGAGUGCCAUUGUAAAUCAUCUUCUUAGACAAAAGCUUACUUCAGAAAGAGAAGCACAGCUUGAGGCAAGCCUUGGAACCUUCUAUGUUCCAACAAGACCACUCCUGGAUGCAACUAUAAUGAAAUAUAGAGACCAAAUCAGCAAAUAUGCAAGGAGAUUCUUCCACCACUUGCUCAGAUAUCAAGAUUUGAAAAAGCAAUUUCUGUUAGCAGUUGAUAUUGGUGCUCGUGACUUGUUUAUGGACAUCCAUUACCUUGCACUAGAUAAGGGUGAAUUGGCACUAGCUGAAGUGGCAAGAAAAAGAGCAAGUGAUAUUGAUGCAGAAUCAAUAACCUCUGGAGUUGAUGACUCAAAAGCCCUGAAGUUUCAACAACAAAAACACUCGCUACAAAUAAUAUGGAUGUGACUUUCAUCAGGAUGAUAUCACCAUUUAAAAUGCCAGACUCCUGAAGGGAUUGGUGCUUGAACAUUGUAAAAGUGAAAUUCAAU